AUGGAGAAGUGGAAAGAGAUUCCCUUAUCUAUGGAGGAGGAGGAAGGUGUCACGGUAGAAGGAGAGGAGAUAUGCGGGGAAGAAACGUUCCAGAGAACCCUAGCGGGUAGACUUUGGACAGAUAGUAGCUUUAACUCAAGAGCCUUCAUAAGUACAAUGCUGGGAGCUUGGAAGUUGAGGAAUCCGGUUGAAACACAAGAACUUAGCAAAAACCUCUUCCUCUUCCACUUUUCCAUAAAACGUGAUUUGGAAUCGGUGAUGCGGAAUGGGCCGUGGAUUUUUGACAGAAAUAUCCUUGUUCUUGCCAGGUUCUCGGGGGAAGAACAACCUUUAGAGUUGAAUAUGCACUUUGGUGUUUUCUGGGUGAGGGUGUACGAACUUCUGUUGAUGCUUAGAUCUGAAGUGAUGGCAAAGAAGUUGGGUGGGAUUCUUGGGAAGUUUGAAGAAAUGGACAUGAAGGAAGCGAACAAGAACGAAAGAUUUUUGCGUUUAAAGGUCACUAUGGACCUUAAAAUGCCGCUGAAACAUGGGACGGUGGUCAGGUUCAAGGAUAAGAAUCUCCGAGUGUUUUUCAAGUAUGAAAGAAUCCCCACUUUCUGCUUUGUUUGUGGACGUCUUGGACACCAGUUGAAAGACUGCGAUUCAACAGGAGAUCUCAGUGAAGAAGGGUUCGAAGACAUAGAGGAGAAUGACCUACUCUAUGGCCAGUGGCUAGGAGCUUCCCCUAUCCCCAGAGUCAAUGGGGAAGUUAGGAAAAAAGAGUCUAAUUCGAGCUUGUGCAGCAAGAGUCUCUUUAACCAUUUGUCUGGACAGAGCAAGUGUGAGGAUAAGGGUAAGGAGAAGGAGGGUGAAGGUGAGGUGGAACAACAGAGAGAUUCGAAUGACAAGAGGAAGCAAAAGUCAAUAACAACUAUACCAGAACCUUUAACUGCUCCGGUCAAUCUUCUGGAGAUUGAAGUUGUUGCUGAGUCCUUUGGGGCAGUCGAUAUAUCUAAUGUAGGAACAAACAAGGGAGUUUCAUCCAAGGGCAUUGCUACUAAGAAGAAGAAGUGGACCAAGAGACAAACUUCAAGGAAAACUAACACGGCGCCAAAACAAAGAAUUGACUAUGAAAUAGGGAAGCGACAAUUGGUUGACGUGAUGAUUACAGAAUUUAAGGUGGAGGGUUGUGGUAGCGGUGAGAAGAAAAGAAAAGGAGGUCAAGAAGCUAUGGUUGGGUCCCCACAAUUCAUACCAGAGGUGGUGUUGGAAGACACACAUCGCCUAGAACAAUGA